AUGACUUUUUGCCAAUGUGGCGGCGGCGCCUUUACUCUGAUGUGCUGCUACGUGGGUAACGAGGGCAUGUUCAUUUUGGCAGGCUCGAUGCAGAACGCCUUGAACCAGAGCGGCCUUGGACUGGACUUCUACCGCAACUACAAUGCUGACUUCUUCAGCCCUCAGCUCUACACUGCGAAGGUCUCGGACGUUGAUCUUUCACGAGAAGUGGUGGGUGCCUCCAGCUUGCCGAAGCAAUCCAGGCAAUUGCAUACCGUGCACCACUGCGCAGGCCUGAUCUACUGGUGGUUCCCUGAUACGAUGUUUGCCUUGGACAGCCCGUCAAUUGUGAUCUUUCCAGACUACAGCCCUUCUGAGCAAAAGCAGCAGAUCUAUCGUACCAUGUAUGUCCAGCUUGGCAACGAUCCCUGGGCCGCAGCAUGUGAGUGGUUGAAGGAGAAUGGGAAUUUGUGGGAAUCCUGGAUGCCGAACGAGACAGCCUGUACGAACAUGAACUUUAUCACCAAUCGCGCUGUUGCUGUGGGCUGUGAGACUUGUCCGGUGGGCCACUACUCCAAGGAGCAGGGCGCCACCAGGGUUUGCACACCAUGUGGACUUGGAGAGUACCAAUCGCUUCCAGGUGAAGAUGUUUGUUUGCUCUGCGACAAGGGAAGAUAUGCUGGAGAGGUCGGAAUGUAUGGUUUGUGGUACCGGAACAGGAGCCUGGCAUGGUUUACCGUUGCUACGGGGAGACAGUUCGCUGCCCGGGUGGAGAGCCUGGCGUCUGCGCUGAUGGUGACUGUCGUGGGAAUUCUAGGAUGCAUUGGCAUUGCUGUCUUGUACGUUGUCCUCAUGAAUGAAGGGCAGAAGAGCAAGCAGCCAGGCAGCCUGCUGAUUGCUGCUUUGGGCAUGGGCCAGAUGGUGACAAUUGUGCAGCAGCUCACUGUGAUCCAGCAGUUCAAGAUCGACUGGGGUGAGCCCUUCAACAGCAUUUUGGUGGCAAUGGAGUUGAUGGCCUUCGACUUGGACAUGAUUUCCAUUGGAUGUGUGGCCCCAAUGGAUCCUGUCAUGAAGUUCAGCACGAGAACCUUGAUGGUACUGUUGCUCUUUGCCGUCGCCAGCUGUGUCCACUUCCUCUUCUUGGCCUGGAAACGAUCCAAGGGUGAGGGCGGCAAAGGCCUGCAGAUCAGCCUUUUGGCGAGGAGAGGAUCAGAGAGAGUGGGUCUCGUGGGGGCCAAACUGGCCGUAAGCCAUGGGACCGAGGCUUCGCUGGCGAGACAACUCGCUGAUGGGCUAGGGAUAGAGCGGGCGCCAUGGCAUGUGGUCUUCAUCACCGGUCAGGUGAGAGAGGCCGUGCAGAUGGCCGAUCUAGAUGAAAGAGUGGUCGACCAGAAGGUCCUUUGCAAGCUGGUCGAUGAGUUGGAAAGAUUUAAGGCCCCGGUCCUCGAUGAGAUCAAGAAGUCCAGGAACCCUCUGAGGGCGAAGGAAGCUCUGUUACCGCAUUUCAACGAUUCGGCGGAGGAAGGCAUGGGGCCUUCCAUACCGCUGGCAGUCAGCACGGCGGUGGCUUGGUUUGAGAGGACGGCCGGGGUGGAGGAGGAUGAGCAGCUGAUGAACCAGGUCUUCCCUCAAAUGGUGAUGAAGGAGCUAACAAGGAAGCUGGAGGUGAAUGAUGCCUAUGUGCUGCAUAGUGAUUGGCUCUCCAUAGGCUUCGAGCUGGUGAAACUGCAGAUGCCGAGGCACAGAGUGUACGCAUUCCCUGAGGGCUGCUUCUAUGGCACCAGGUAUGGGACGUCGCAUGUCACCUAUGCUGAGGCGGUCGCGGGGAGCUCGAGGACCAUGGCAAUGCUGGAGGGCUACGAUGGCAAUUUGAUCCCCUCCGGAUGGGAGAGGUUUUGGUCAGAGCACAGCGAAAGGGCGACACUGCCCAGUGGCUUGGCCGCCCUCGGCGUUGAGAAGUCCGACAGGGAUUACCUUGGCAGGUGGUGCCCGGAGGGGUCGGACGUCUAUGUCCGGACCUACAACGCAAUUGUAAAGAAGAUGCAGAAGAAGCUGGUCGCAAUCCUACGUGGCGAGACGGCCUACGAGGACCUGGACGAGGGGUCAAUUCUGGAAGAGCUGAAGCUUUGGCUCACGGAGAAGUCAGUGGCGGACAUGGCAGACAGUGCCACCACGAUCUACAGCGGCUCAGAGAGUGAGGGGGACACUGAAGAGCGGGAAGCCAGGAAUGCCAAGAAGAGAAAGGUGAAGGAGACCCUGGAUGAAGAAAGAGAAGGCAACUAUGUGGUGGUGUACAGGCAUGCCGGGAGAGGAGUAUACACUCCGGUGCAAGCUGCCACAAGUGACUCGCACGACGAGCUGAGCCUCAGUCGCACCUGGGGAGGAAAGCGAAGGGACUCUAAGCCGAGCGCGCCGCUCAGGCUUGGGGGCGGAGUGCAACAUGCGCACGGGAGCAGCCCAUGGCGGACGAGGACGGUGCUCACGGAAGAUGAUGGCAACAAAGCCCUAGACGCGGCCGGCGCAGACAUAAAGUACUUGUUUUCCAGGCAUGAGGUCAGCAUAGACAGCCAGAAGCUCUUUUUCCAUCAUGGAGUGACCACCCUGGAGAAGCUGUCGAAUUUUGCGAAAGACAGAGAUGAUCUUACAACAGUGCUCAAGGAGCAUUGGGAGCUUGAUGCAGAGAGGGCCCUGGAUGAACGAGCGCAGGUGGCCGCAAUCUCGUGUGCGUUCAGUAAUGCAAAGACGAGGAGCCAGAGAGCAGUGGAGGUGGACGCAGAGUAUGAUUCGCUGCAAUGGUCAAGGCCAGUGGUGGCGGGGGAAUGGGCGGCGAUGCGGUCAGCCCUGGAGAAGAGGUACGGGCACUUGGAAGACAAGGUGUACCCCGCCAAAGAAUAUGUUGAAAAGAAAUUGGCCGAGAUUGAGGGCGGCGAAUACCGGGCUGAGGAGCUCACAGAAGUCGUGUCGAAAGAAGAAAUUGAGCCGGAUUGUGUGGUGCCCAUUUGGGACUCCAAGGGCCGUUUGGCCAUGAGGAGAGGAUCUACAAAGGUGCAGGAACCGGCGAACGCCGAAGAACUACGCAGAAGAUUGUCGGUUUUGAAGAAUGCAAUGGUUAUGAUCUCUUUGAAACAUUCCAACAGACACGAGCUUCAAGGCACCUGGGAGGAAACAAUCGAGCAAUACAAAGAUUAUUUGUUGGGGGACUAUGUGUAUGGGCUCAGUGCCAAGGAUGCCGAAGGCCAAACGUUUGCCUCACCACCCUGGAAGUUGGUCAUUGCCUAUGAGAGGGCAAUCCGGAAGCAGGCAGUAAAGAUCGUCAACAUGGAAGGCAAGCCGUACACAGUGGCACUGAAGAUAGCAUGGAAGGAUGCCACGGUCAAAGAGCGGAAUUUCACAACACCGCUGGCCCUCUACGCCAAGAGGCCAUUGCCUCCGUGGCGGGAGCAGCCACCAGACAAGUGGAGGGCCCCAGAGAAAGGAGAAGAGGCAGACAUCAGUACCUGGCUUCCUGAGGAAGAUGGCACUACGAAUGGGCAUCCAGGUGAUCUGGGUCCGUACCCGUUGAAGAGCUCCGCACGCCUGAAGGGGGCCAACGGGUUCCUUGAUGAGGCUCUUCGCACCACGGCGCCCAGCCGCGCACACUGGGCUGCCACAGUUUGCCCAGGAGUUUUCUUCAACCUCGGCUUCAAAGAAGAGGGUGAGGAGUUGGCUUCAACCUCGGCCUUGGCUUCAAAGAAGAGGAAAGCGGAGGAGGAGCAUCGUUCCAUGGUGGAGGAGGUCCUGCAUUCUUGCAUCCCGAUGCGGGAAGAUGGCUUUUUGAAGGCCAUACGAGGAACCCUGGUAGGCAAGUUGGGCCUGUCGGAGCAGGUGGAGCCGGAGCCGGGGCAGACCUUUUGCCUAGAGCAGACGAGAUGGGUCCUAAAAAGGGCGCCGGGGAUCUUUGAGGUGUUAGCUUUUGCCAUUAUGGCGGCAUUGGGAGUCCUCUUCAAGUGGGCGAAGCAGCGAGGUUUCGGGGACCCUCACGAGGUUAGGAUUGGCAUGUUUGUUGCCUUUGGGCUUCCUGGCUAUCUGCAUGUGGGUUGCUUGGUCGACAUCGAAUUGCUGUUUCCUUACUGCUUUGAGGAAACAGGAAACCCCUUGAGGGUCAUCAUCAUUGAGCUGCCCAAGAGGAUGUUGGUGACUGGCAUGUUGGUGAUCCUGGACAUGGGCUCCCUGUUCAUUCAAGACAAUGAUGGCGGCACCACGAUGGUCAUUUGUUUGAUCUUCUCCGCAAUGAUGCUGCUGUCGAUCAUUGGAGCUGUCUUCUAUGGAGUGGCCAAGCAUUUUAUGCAGAAGUAUCGCAAGCCGUUCAGGUACUUCUUGUGUCACCAGAAGAUUGCAGCUGGAUCCAUGGCUCGUUUGCUGAAAAUGGAGCUGCAGAAGAGGAACUCCAAGUUUACCACCUUCGUCGAUUGUGAUGACUUGAACGAUCUCACCAGGCUGUUCAGCUACGUCGGCCAAGAUACAGAAACCUUCGUGAUCAUGGGAUCUCCAGAUAUCUUGACGAGGAAGUGGUGUGUCGGGGAGAUGUGCACCGCCCGCAGCCACAAGGUAAAGACUGUUCUCCUCGCCUGGCCGGAUUUCGUGAAGCCUGACAAGAACUUCAUUGAGAAUUAUGAUAGCAUUGUGCCCGAUAUCACAGAGCUGGCAAACUAUAACAUCGGCCUUCAAGAGGUGCAAGACACGAUGGCCUGGAUCAACACAGUGGAUACAAUCAAUGUCCCAUCGCUGGUUUGUGGCGAAUCCAUCGAGCAUAUUUGCGGCAACUUGACGGGAACGCAACGAACUCGCUCAAUUGCAGAUACUCGUGAGUCACCAGAUUGCAUCAUUGUGUCGGAUCUUGACAACAUGGAGGCUGCAGCCACCGCCUAUGUCUUGUUGGGCUUGAUUGUUCCCAAGUUGGUGGGUGGCCAGAAGAACAACAUGCCUGCAGUGCUGCAGAAGGACCGAUCUGUGCCGAACAGCGCGUGCUCCGCUUUGGUGAUUUGCAGCGAGGGGUGCUUCAAGCAAUUCCAAUUUGGAGACUGGCUGAUGCAAGUGGCAAAGUUGCCCGAUUGUUGCGUGCUACCCAUCAUCGCAGAGGAUGGCUUCCGCUUCCCAUCGCCUUCCUACUAUGAGGAGCGGAAGGUCGAAAGGAUGUUGGAGCGUAGACUCAAUGCAGAUUGA